AUGAAGCGGCAGCGCGGGGCCGUUGAUCGCUCAGAAGAUGGGGACCGGGGCUGGGACCGGAGCAGAGACCAAGACCGUGACAGGGGAAUCCCGGGGACCCGCGGACUCGAUUCUCCGGGAGGCUCCGGCGAACAUACAGCCAUCACGGGCACUCCACUGCCGCCAUUGAAUGGUUCGAAUCAAGCGUCGAGUCAAAAGAAGAGAAAGUACUGGCAGCCUCCGUUUUCGUGCUUCUUCUGCCGCGCGAAGAAGCUCCGGUGUGAUCGAGCACGACCGUGUGGGAAUUGCACGUCGAGGAGGCUGGAGUGCAGGUAUGCUGAUGAUCAAGAGGAGGACGGAAGAGAUGAUGGCGGUGUUGCGGUCGGUUUGGGAGAAGGGAGGACGGAGCAGCGGCAGUGGCAGCGGCAAGAGCAGCAACCUGGGCGUCAUGAGCGUUGGAUGGGGAAUGGAAGUUUGAGUACAGGCAGGAGUAGUGGUAGUGAUGUGGAAGUUGUGCAAACGGCAGUGCGUAAACAAGCAGCGCCGGCAGCUCAGGAUAGGGGGUCAAGGGCGGGUCUAGUGGAUGCGGAGCGUUAUGAGAGAGAUAUUUCCAUGCUAAAAGAACGGUUGCACGAGCUUGAAAAGGCAGUCUUCCAUCGUACUGUUCAAGGCGACGAGAAUGAAGCCCCUUUGCGCGGCGAGGGACAAGGGUCAUCUGCAUCCAGAGCCCAAGUGACAGAGAGCCUCCAAGGCGAAAAUUCAGGAGAACGAGUUUCGAGACUCGAAAACAAGGACACAUCCGAGCAUUCGGAGCCUGAGAGCGGUACUCUGGAUGUCAUGGAACGAAUGGCGAUCAAUCCAAACGAAGGCAUGAGUAUCUCAAAUGGACAAGUCCGUGUCCAGACACAAAAUUCCGAAACGCCAGACGUGUCGUCGCCUGAGAACCGACUCUUGUUAUCUUCCCUUUCCAACCCAGACUCGAGCCCAAGAUUCACUCCUUUUCUGGGCGGCACCAACCUGACAGCGAGCCACGUGCAACGCGAAUUUCCCGCACGAGAAAUUGCUCGAGAGCUGUUUGACUUUUACAUUGAUCACAUCAAUGUCAUCUACCAUGAACUUCACGUGCCUACCUCGCGAGAUAUGCUGAACAGGGUAUAUCAGCAAGUGGAGGACCGGAACGAAGAGAUCAAUUCCAGCGAAGUGGCACUCUUAUUUGCCAUUUUCUCAAACAGCGCAUAUUACUGGCCAAAAGUGACCUCGCCGUCCCUAAAGAUAUCCAAUCAAGUACGAGAUUACUGGGGCCUAUGGAAAGAUAUUUCUGUAGCUCAGCUUGUCAGUGGAUCACAAACACAUGGGCCGUCGACCAUCUUGAUCCAGACGGCCAGCAUCCUUGCCCAUCUGUGCUGGAACUCUGAAGGUCCUUCGCCAUUGUUACAUUUCUUGCGGGCUAGUUACGAAGCCAUGGCGCGGCAAUUGAUGAUCCAUAAGCAAGACACGCCGCGGCAGAGAAGAGAAAAUAAACAAAAGGGGAUAUCCGAAGUUGAGCUCGAAAUCCGCCGUCGUUUGUGGUGGCAUCUCGUGUCUAUAGAUUGGCUCCUGUCCGCUCUGGCCGGCCCACAAGAAGGCUUCUACUCGCACAACCCUAAACACAUGUGCAUCGACUACCCCGCCAACGUCGACGACGAGCUCGUCGGCCUCGCGCAGGGCGAGCCGGUCCUGACAUCGACCAAACCAACCGCCAUGUCCAUCUUCCUGCUGCGGAUCAAUCUAGCAGAAAUAUGCCGCGAGAUCGUCGACAGCCUGCCGCAAUCAUCGUUCGAUCUGCGGGACAUGUCCUACGAGACGCUCCUGCGCCUUGACGCCCGAAUGCAAGAAUUCAACGAGUCCCUGCCGGUCUUUGCGCGGACCGACCCGGUCAGCAUCAAGCAAAGCGAGCAUUUAUGCAAAGACAUUCCUUACUUUUCGCUCGCCCGCACGGUCAUGAACCUGGGUUUACAGAUCCGACUCAGUCGUCUGCAUCGCCCGUUUCUGUUCCGCGGCGCAGUCGACCCGCGCUACGCGUACUCGCGCAUCGUAUGUAUUCGGUCCGCGGAGAACGUUAUCGACUUGCAACUCUCUGUGGAUGCAAAGGAUUUGUACUAUGCCGUGGAAGGGUCAUAUAGCGUCAACCACCACUUGUUUGUCGCGGCGAUUAUCCUGACGGUCGAGGUCUGCUUUAAUAAAAGCAGCAGGGAUACGAAACGCCUGACGGAGAAGAUUCUCGCGGCCUGCGCCUUUCUGGGCCGGACGCAGAAUAGUCUCCGCACGGCGAAGUUGGGGAUUAAGAAUGGAUUGAAGAUGCUCGUGGAUAUGCUGAGAAAGUAUCGCAUCAUUGAUGAGGUUGGUUCUGUAGGCUCCACCGUGCAGGAUCGUUCAUCGCAGUCCAGCUCCACCGCCCUCCUGUCCGGUUCUCCUUCUUCUUCGUCCUUUUCUCAUCCCUCUUCUUCCUCCCAUCCUUCUUCCGUCCCUGUGUCUGGCGGUCCCUCUUCCAUAUCCACUUCGUUUCCAUAUACCCAACUCACUCCCCUUCCGCGAGACUCUAGUCUCUCCGACUUGGUGCCUAGUGUCCUUUCGCGGCCUUUUACUCCAUCUCAGUCCAUACCUUCAUCUACAUUUACAUCUACUUCUUUAUCCGCAUCUACAUCUACAUCUUUGCGCGCCCCUACAUCUGCAUCCAAUCCCACCGCCUUCAAUCCCACCAUUCCCGACCGCGCCAACACUUCUACCAACCACAGUACUUCAUUUCCCAACGACUCAAGCUCCUUGACUUCGUCCUUAUCCUCCUCCUCGCUAUCAGGGCCAUCCGGUUCAGGGCCAGUUGGGCCAGUGCCAGCGUCAGGACCAUCGUCAGGCUCCGUGUCAGUGUCAAAUCCCACCAACGACGACAUCAUAUCCAACUACGCUGACCUGGACAAAUCCUGGUCCGAAUUCUUCGACGACAUGACCUGGCUCUCAUCUACUCAUUUAGCUACUGGAACUGGGACCGGGACCGGAACAGGAACCGGGACUGGAACGGGCGACCACCACCAACAACAUCAUCAUUAUCAACAGCAGCAGCAACAACAAGAACCGAACUGGGAAGGACUUUUUGCCGAUUUGGAUUUUCAUUUCGGACACGGUCCUCUCGGUCCAGUUGGUGUUUAG